UCAGUGAUUGUAUUGUAUGAGUCAAUGCAUACAAGCAGUACAGCGAUAGACCUUUUUGUGACUUAAUUGUAACAAUUGAUUCAUUCAUUCAAACUAACAGUAAAUCAAUGUUUUAAUGAAUGUGUGAAUGGAUUCGUAUGACUCCAAUACACACACAGUUAUAACUAAUAGUAAUCGCAAUCAUAAUAAUCCUAAUAAUAGUGUUUCAAUGCCUUCGACCACUUCUAACGAGACUUUUGCAAACAUCGGAGGUUUGAGUCAAACGACCACAACCUUAACGCCCACCACUUUGAAGAACAUCGAGGAGUCGUUUAUGGAGAUUAUUCCUCCGCAGUCGCGACCGCAUCCACAAGAGGCACGAUUUGUGCCCCCAUUGGUCAACAUAUCGGCCAAUUAUGCGUCCAUUAAUUCCAACUAUAACUUAAACAACGACUUGAAUACCAGCAGUAAUAACAGCAACAGUAAUGCCAGUGAUUUGGAGUUUGGAUCCGAUUAUGAGUCCGACGAAGACAGCUCUUCCCGAUCCGACUCCCAUUGGAAUGCAUACGUCGACCGACACAACACUUCGGCCAAUAAUGGCAGCGAUUAUAACAAACAAAAAGUGACGGCAACUAAAGUACGCGGAAAGAGUGGUCGCAAACCCAUGCGAAACGAUAAGUUGACUCCCGCGGAGGAGAAGAAGAGACAACAGCGUCGAGAGCGCAACAAACAGGCGGCCGCUCGCUGUCGGAAGAGACGUAUGGAUCACACGAACAGUUUGUUGAUAGAAACGGAUGGUUUGGAAGAGAAGAGACAGUCUUUGCUGAACGAAGUCGAGGCGUUACGCAAACAGAAGGACGAAUUGGAAGCCAUUCUCGCCACACAUAAAAUGAAUUGCAAAAUGAAUUCAUUGAAAGUCCACGAAAUGGAUGUGAAGCCAGUGGUGAGCAACGGAAGUGUGAUUGCGAUCAACACUAACCCCAGGUCUCGACCCAACACACUGUCAUUGGGAUGCGUUUACAGCGACCCGAUGUCUGACACGGGAAUACCCAUUCAGACGCCAUCGACCGGUAUUUUCCUCGAGGCUCUGGCCGAAGGAGGGACUGGUCUGACACCAGUACUCACGCCGUCUGUCAUCACUCCAUCGUCCACUUCAUACAAUUCACGCCAAAGAAUGAGUCCAAAUGCGGAUAAUUCUCACAAAAAAUUGAUUACUUUAUAAGUUUAUUACCACUAAUUGUCGACAAUUUAAUUUAUUUUAAAGUCAUUGUUUAGUCAAACCAUAUGUAUUUCAAAAGUAAUGACCGGUAUUUCCAUUGAUUUAUAAAUUAUAAGUAACUAUAAUAUAUAUUUUUAAUCAUUAAAAUAAAUUUAAUUUUUAUAAUAGAUAAAUUAAAAUCAUUAUUUAAUGCAUGC